AUGCCUACCAUUGUGCUAACUAACUUCAACAUCGUCACCGCUGUGCUUGGAGGCUUCAUCACACUUUUCGGUCUCGUAUCGUACUUACUGAAAGAACGGUUCUAUCUGUCCGAAGCACUAAUUUCCUUGCUGGCAGGAGUCGCAUUCUCACCCCAUGCCUUGAACUGGAUAAGGCCGCUAGAAUACGCGGAAGGCUCACAGGAACAUGUCGAACAAAUCACCUUUUACUUUUCACGGCUCGUCUUAGGAGUUCAGCUGGUCAUAGCAGGAGUGCAGCUACCUAGGAGGUACUUGCGCACCGAAUGGCGAUCGCUUGCAAUCCUACUCGGUCCUGGAAUGACCAUGAUGUGGCUCACCGCCAGUCUCCUGGUCUGGGCAAUGGUUCCUCACAUCAGCUUCCUUCACUCAUUAGCAGUGGGAGCUUGUGUUACGCCGACAGACCCCGUCUUGUCUAACUCGAUCGUGAAGGGAAAGUUUGCUGACAAGAACAUUCCAAAGAAGCUUCAGAGGAUUGUUAUUGCUGAGUCAGGAGCCAAUGAUGGUCUUGGUUAUCCUUUUCUGUUCUUGGCUCUGUACAUUAUCAGGUACAAUGGCCGUGACGGCUUUCAAGGAGUGGGACAUGGUAUUGGACUUUGGUUCGGUGAGAACUGGGGAUACACGAUAAUCCUUAGCGUGGCCUAUGGAGCUAUUGCUGGAUGGCUUGCGAAAGAGGCACUGCAUUAUGCCGAGCAACACAAGUUCGUUGACAAGGAGAGUUUUCUGGUCUUCGCGAUUGCACUUGCUCUGUUGAUUACCGGAACUUGCGGCAUGAUUGGCAGUGAUGAUGUUUUGGCAUGUUUCGUUGCUGGUAAUGCCUUCACCUGGGAUGACUGGUUCCGAGUCGAGACCGAAGACGACUCCCUUCAGCCUACCAUUGACAUGCUCCUCAACAUUUCAGUAUUCGCCUGGUAUGGCGCAGUAGCACCAUGGGCAGAAUUUCGCACGAACGAUGUCAUCCCCAUCUACCGACUCAUCGCCCUUGGCAUUUUGAUACUACUCUUUCGACGAAUUCCAAUGGUUCUACUUCUCCACCGUCAGAUGAAAGAGAUUGACGACUGGAAGCAGGCGCUGCUUAUCGGAUUCUUCGGCCCUAUUGGUGUCUCGGCUGUCUUUUACCUAUACGUUGCUGUUGAGUUCCUUAAUCAAAUCAUCGUGGAUGGACAGGUACGUGAAGAUGCUGCGAGACUACAGGAAGUCAUCAGAAUCGUGGUAUGGUUCUUGGCGAUAUCCAGUAUUGUCGUGCACGGGCUUAGUGUACCAUUUGGAAAGUUUGGAUAUCAUAUGCCUCGAACCAUCUCUCAAGCACUCAGCUCAGACAGCGGACAAGGCCAAGGUCAAGCACUCGGCAUGCGGCAACUUCAGGACCCUACUACGUUCAUUCGACGCAGACGAAACAACCAGGAGCCUCGAACUGACCCUCCAACACCUACGACGUUUGUUCUUGGUCAGAGGAGGAUUGGGGACGAUGAUGAACCUUCUCGGCCCGUGAAAAUUCUAAACAGCUCGAACCCUGUGUCCGGAACACAGACGCCAAACACAGCGCCGCAAACGAGUCAGCAACAUCUCAGUCAGCCUCCUCGACAGCCUAAAGACAAUUGA